AUGGAGAGCAGCAAGAGUCUUGUUCUGUUAUGGGCUAAAGAACUGGACAGGCUAGACCUGUCAAUAGAAGUGACAAAGAAAGCAUUAGUGGAAGCAGAGGUUACACAAAUGAAGAAUAAAGAUGUGUGUUAUACUCAACACAAAUUUAGCUUAAUACAUAGACAUCUAGAUGAAGUUCUUCCUUAUCUGGAGUUUGUGGUGUGGUCUCUUCUCUCACAGGAUACAGAGGAGCAUGUUUCAAAAAUAUGGCUACCAGCUAAGCAGAGAGAAUGGAAAACAACCAAACAGAAAUAUAUCCCUAAUUCAGUUUGGCAGUGGAUUCAGAGUGCCUCAGUUAAUGUGCAUCUAGAUUCCAAUUCAUGCCACCCCUGGUUAUGUGUUUCUGAAAACAAACAAGAAGUGUAUGAAUUGCAUGAGGCGCCUCGAGAGCAGCAGUUGGAUAGUCCUGAACAGUUUGACAAACAACCGUUUGUCCUAGGACUCAACAGAUUCUCCAGUGGGAGACACUACUGGGAGGUGAAUGUACCAGCAAAAGGAUCAUGGAGGUUAGGGGUAGCGGCUGCAUCUGCUCAAAGAAAAGGCCGCUUUAACGUUGCUCCAGGAUCAGGGUACUGGACUAUUUGCAGCAGAUCUGAGACUCUCCAUGCAUGCACUGAUCCCCCUACCAAGCUGCCGAAUUCUGUACCACUUCAGGUGGUUGGGGUUUAUGUGGACUAUGAGGAAGGACAAGUGUCCUUUUAUAAUGCUAAAAGCAGGUUCCAAAUGUAUACUUUCACCCAGACUUUUAGAGAUGUGCUUUUCCCUGUUUUUGCUUGUUUGGAUGGGAAUACUGUACUAAAAAUCUCUACAUUAUAAUAUACAGAUGUAUUUGAUCUGUAUUGAAAAGUAAGAGCUCCUGCAAGUUCAGUAGAACUUCCACUGCAUAUAUGACUGUUUCUCUGCUCCCAAAUCACAUGAUGAUUAAAGGUCUAUAGGUAAAUUGAUUGUGUAGUAAUUUUUAACUUGCCUUGUAUUUUACAUCAAGACAGACAGAUUAAAUAAGGAGAAGGAUAUUGCUGUUGUGAACAUCAUUCAAGAAUGCAAGAUGGGGAACUGAAUGAUUAUAUAUACCACUGUUCCUUACCAGUGUAAAAUAGAGGUGGACAAACAAGUGUGUAGGACAAAUAAGGAAAUUAUUAAAUAGGUACAGAAGUGGCCACAGCACUUAUAGCUGUUAUUCAGUAAAAAAAUAAAAAUAAUAAUAAUAAUAAUAAUAAUAAUAAUAAUAAUAAUAAUGAUAAUAAUAAUACAUUGCAGUUACAUUGACUAAUACAAAGAAGUUACUGUUUUGCACUAGGAUGUUAAGACACUAAUUGUUAUCAAUUAUGUUAAUUAAUAUAUAUGAUCUGAUGCUGUUAUUUUCUAUACUGCAUAAUAUAUCUAUAUAUUUGAAUAAAAUCUUCUUAUGGUUGCAAAAUAU